AUGAAGAGUGUUGUCUUCUCUAUGGUCCUUGUCCUCUCCCUUCUCUACUGCUUUGCUCAUUUCAGUAAUGCAGCCAUCCCAUGUGGCACGGUCGACAUGAAGGCAGCUGCCUGUAUCUCGUUCGCCACUGGGAAGGAUGCGAAGCCGUCUGCUGCAUGCUGCAGCAGCCUGCAACAGCUUGCACGGAGCGUGAAAUCUGUCGAUGACAAGAAGGCCAUCUGCCGGUGCCUCAAGGCCGCCGUCAAGAACUUUGCGGGAGUUCAGGACAAGCUCUUGAGCCAGAUCCCCAACGCUUGCAAGAUCAAUGUUGGUUUCCCUGUUUCCAUGAACACCAACUGUGAAACGAUCCACUGA